AUAUGUUGAUCACUUGAGCCACAUAUUAUUCAACAAAUUUCCGACACAAAUUUUCUUGUUGAUACAGAGUAUAUGUGAACAAAAUGGUGUAUCAAAAACAUACUAAACGCCUGGAUCAGCACAAGUAAAUUAAAUUUCGAGCAGAACUUUCUCUCUCUAGCUAUGGCGAGGAGAAGGGGACGGCCAAAAAGGAACAAUCCGAGCAACAGUGGGAAUGGAUUUCAAACGCCUGGAUCAGCACAAGGGAGUGCUUCGAAUGCGAAAUCUACGGGAGGAAAGGACAUUCCAGACGCUAUUGUACCUGAUAUGAAGGAGAUGAACCCUAAUUUGGAGGAAAGUGAUAUUCCAGAUAAGGCUGAGACUCCGAUCCAGAAAUCAUAUGCGAGUGUUGUUGGCAAUCAAGAAGAUGACCAGAAAUUAUGCUAUAUACCAGCUACUGAGGUAAAUGGGAAUUUUGUGGCUAAACUUACGAAGGAUGAUGUUAUUGAUACUACAACAUAUUGGGAUGCUACGCUAGUCUGUUGUAUUCUGGGAGCAAACCCUCCAUUGGAGGUGGUGAAAGGCUUUAUUAAUAGGAUCUGGAGUUCCUACUCAAUUGAAGAAGUUUCGCUGCUCAAGGAAGGUCAAUUCAUUGUCUCAUUUAAACGUGUUGAGGACAGGGAUGAAGUUAUUAAGAGGAAGUACUAUUAUUUUGACAAUAAACCUGUCCUAGUCCAGAAAUGGUAUCCAGGGGUGAAGGUUAACAUAGAUCAACUGGAUGAUAUUCCCAUUUGGAUACAACUGCCCGACCUAGAGAUGAAGUACUGGAGCUUGACUGGACUAAGUAAGAUAGGAAGCUUGGUGGGUAAACCUGUCAAACGAGAUAGAGCUACUGCAAGUAAGAGGAAGUAUGCAUAUGCUAGGAUACAGGUAGAGGUAAAAGUUCAACAGGAGUUCCCAUUGAUGGUUCAGUUUAUAGAUGAUGAAGACAGAGUGAAAAGCCAGAGUAUUGUUGGCAAGUGGUUGCAACACCAAUCGAGGGCGAAAACUAAUGAAGAAAUGCUGGAGGAAGUCAAGAUGAUCAAGGGAAGGCUGCAAAGACAAACGGUAGAAGCUGGAUUUGCAGCAGGAUGCUUGUUUAGCCUUGCUGUGGUUGCUUGAUUUGUACUCGUUUUAGUUGAUGUGGUGAAUAAAAAUUGUGUGCAUUU